AUGUCAUUCCUAGAUGGGGAGAAGCAACCAAGGUAUGAAGAUCAAGAAGAAAGUCCACAACACGAAUACAACGCGUUAGUCGAAUACAUUCAAAAUGUCGAGUUGCGUAAAGGUGACGAUAACGUUGAAGAAGCAGAAGAAAUACAUUACAGGAGACCGUGGUACGCGCCAUGGAAAAAGAUUGAAAUCAGACAACAAGGUAAAUCAGUACCUGAAGAUUGGUACACCGCGGACAUUAGGCACGGUAUCAGUUCUUCAGAUGUUGAACCACGCCGUCGUCAAUUUGGUUUCAAUGAAUUAGAAUCUCCAGAAGAGAACUUAGUUCUUAAAUUUAUUGGUUUCUUUAGAGGUCCUGUCCUUUACGUUAUGGAAGGUGCUGUCGGUCUUGCUGGUGGUCUCCGUGAAUGGGUCGAUUUCGGUGUCAUUAUUGGUAUUCUCUUAUUAAACGCAUUCGUCGGUUUCUAUCAAGAAAAGCAAGCAGGUGAUAUUGUCGCUCAACUUAAGAAAGGUAUUGCUCUUCGUACAACUGUAAUCCGUGACGGUGAAGAAAGGGAAGUAGAGGCAAGAGAACUCGUCCCAGGUGACAUUGUUGUUAUUGAAGAAGGUGCAACUAUUCCAGCUGAUUGUGAACUUCUCGCCGACUACAAAGACAAAGACGGUUCAAGGGCUACUGAAAUUCUUCAAAAAGUCAAGGCCGAAUCAAAGAAGGAGAAGUCAGAUGACGAAGAAGACUCUUAUGGAAAAGGUCCAUCCAUUCUCGCUGCAGAUCAAUCCGCUAUCACUGGUGAAUCCCUCGCUGUCGACAAGUACCACGGUGACAUGGCAUUCUACACUACCAUUUGUAAGCGUGGUAAGGUCUUUGCACGUGUGAAGUCAACUGCACCAAUCUCUUUCGUCGGUAAGACCGCUGCUCUUGUUCUUGGAUCAAAUGAAAAGGGUCACUUUGUCAAGGUCAUGAACAUUAUUGGUGGUACUCUCCUCGUUCUUGUCAUUGUCUUCCUUUUCGCUGUCUGGAUUGGAGGUUUCUUCCGUAACAUUGACAUUGCUCAACCAAGAGAUAACAACUUGUUGGUUUACACACUUAUUUUCGCUGUUAUCGGUGUUCCAGUUGGUUUACCAGUUGUUACCACUACUACUCUUGCUGUCGGUGCUGCUUAUCUCGCAAAGAAGCAAGCAAUUGUUCAAAAGCUCACUUCAAUUGAAUCCCUCGCCGGUUGUGACAUCCUUUGUUCUGACAAGACUGGUACACUUACAGCAAACAAGUUGUCUAUUCACGAACCAUACACUGCUGAAGGUGUCGACAUGGAUUGGAUGAUGUGUGUCGCUGCUCUCGCCUCAUCACACAAUGUCAAAUCUUUGGACCCAAUUGAUAAGAUCACCAUCUCUACUCUCAAGGAAUACCCACGUGCUACUGACAUGCUCAAAACUGGUUGGGUUACUAAGGAUUUCAGACCAUUCGACCCUGUCUCAAAGCGUAUCACUUCAAUUGUUGAACGUGACGGUGUUACUUACACCUGUGCCAAAGGUGCUCCAAACUCUAUCCUUAAGAUGUGUGCAACUCCACCACAAGUCGCUCAAGCUUUCCGUGACCAAACUAUGGAAUUCGCUUCAAGAGGUUUCAGAUCACUUGGUGUUUCUGUUCAAGAAGGUAACGGUGACUGGCAAGUUCUUGGUCUACUUCCUAUGUUCGAUCCACCACGUCAUGACACUGCUGCUACCGUUGGUGAAGCUAUCAAGCUUGGUGUUGGUGUAAAGAUGUUAACUGGUGAUGCUGUUGCUAUCGCAAAGGAAACAUGUAAGAUGCUUGGUAUGGGUACAAAUGUCUACGAUUCACACAGACUUAUCGGUGGUGGUUCAAUGGCUGGUUCAGAAAUGCACGACUUUAUUGAAAACGCUGAUGGUUUCGGUGAAGUUUUCCCAGAACACAAGUAUCAAAUUGUAGAAAUGCUUCAACACCGUGGUCACUUAACUGCCAUGACUGGUGAUGGUGUUAACGAUGCUCCAGCUCUUAAGAAGGCUGAUUGUGGUAUUGCUGUCGAAGGUGCUUCAGAUGCUGCUCGUUCAGCUGCCGCUGUCGUUUUCCUUGAUGAAGGUCUCUCAACUAUCAUUACUGCUAUCAAGGUUGCCAGAGAAAUUUUCCACCGUAUGAAGGCCUACAUUGUUUACCGUAUCGCACUUUGUCUUCACUUGGAGAUUUACCUCACCCUCUCAAUUCUCAUUAUGAACGAAACAAUUCGUGCGGAUUUGAUUGUCUGGAUUGCGUUAUUCGCUGAUUUGGCUACCGUUGCCGUAGCUUAUGAUAACGCCCCAUACGCCCUUACACCUGUUGAAUGGCAACUUCCAAAGAUUUGGAUCAUGUCAACUGUUCUCGGUUUCAUUCUCGCAGGUGGUACUUGGAUUCUCAGAGGUACCCUCUUCCUUAACAAUGGUGGUGUCAUUCAAAACUGGGGUGGUGUUGAACACAUUCUUUUCUUAGAAGUUUGUUUGACUGAAAACUGGUUGAUCUUCUUGACAAGAACUGGUGAGGGUGAAUUUAAGUGGCCAUCAUGGCAACUCACUGGUGCUAUCGCUGGUGUUGACAUUAUCGCAACUCUCUUCACCCUCUUCGGUUGGUUCCACGCUGACAGAGAUGCACACAACGGUCACACUGAUAUCGUUACUGUUGUUAAGGUUUGGGCAUUCUCUAUCGCUGUCAUGGUUGUAUGUACACUCGCAUAUAUCAUAAUGAACAACAUGAAGUGGCUCAAUAACGUUGGACGUAAGCAACGCGGCAAGAUCGACAGACGCGUCGAAGACUUCAUGAACGAAUUGCAGCGUAUUACUAUCGUUCACGAACGUUCUGACAGAGAUGUUUACAGACUUUACGGUAGAACACAAGGUCUUGACUCUGAAAACUAG